AUGGGAAAUAAAACUGCCUUGAGAGCAACGAUGGAGGAUAAUGAUGAUACCUCACACCUCCUCCAUCCUAUCCCAGACAGUACUACUACUGUUGAUUAUGAUUAUGAUGGUGGUCCAUUCCAGUCUGAGGUCGAGACCAUGCACUCUGAAGACCAACGUAUCACCACCACCUAUGGCCAUCACUUCUCUAGCCAUAAGACGAAGGCUUCCUGGGAUUCUCUAACUGCACAUGGACUCGGUCUAGUUUGGACUCAUGACAACCGUCUCUCCAACAAGAAUGUCAAUGCCGCCAUCUACCAUAAGCUACUCGACAAGGCACCCUCCAAGCCCCUAACGGUCCGUCAAAUCCUAUCAGCAGCUCACAAAUGUCACGAUCCCUUGGGCUAUGCCAGCCAAAAGAAAGCAUCGUCGCCUGGAGUCACCCUUUCCUGCUGGUUCCCCCGUAUGGCUUCGUAA